CAUCUCAAGAGAAUUUUCAAAAGAAGAACCGAAGUAUCAAAAAAAGAACCGAAGUGUUAAUCAUGGAUAAACUUUCGGAAGAACAGAUUAAAGAAUUUAGAGAUGCUUUUACAGCGUUUGACAAAGAUAACAAUGGCUUUAUAACAUCUUCUGAGCUCGUCACAGUUUUACGCUCGCUUGGAUUGAAUCCUACUGAAAAAGAGAUUUGCAGGAUUAUUAAUGAAGUUGAUUUUGAUGGAAAUGGCAAGAUAGACUUCAGUGAGUUUGUUUCUUUAAUGACGUCACAAGGCGAUCAAAUGGCAUGGAGUGAUAAUGACCUGGUAGAGGCGUUUAGGACUUUUGAUACUGAAGAUGAAGGUUUUAUUUCUGCUAUAGAACUUUUCUACGUUCUUAACAGACUUGAUGAUAAUACCGUUACCUCUAAGGAUAUAGAAGAUUUGGUGAGAACAAAGAACUUGAACACCAACAGGAAAAUUGAUUUUAAUGAAUUCAAGAAAUUAGCACGACCCGAAAUCAAUUUACCUAAAGAAGCGAUUAUGAACAACGAUCACUUGCAGAAUUUCUUAGAUUUAAUUUGGUUUAAGUAAUAAAUACAACGUUUAUGAAAAUUUAUUAGUUUUAUUUGAGUAAUUUAAUUUCUUUGAUAUUUAUUUAAAAAGUUUUUAAUUAGAAAAAAUUAUGUCUUAUAUUAAUAUCAAAAAUGAUUUUUUAUUUGAAUGUUUAAUGUAAAUAAUAUUUUAAUGUUUUAUGAUAUUUAAAUGAAAUGUAUGAUAUAUUAUAUUAUAUGAGAAUGUAUGAUAUAUUAUAUAAUAUAAAAGUACAUAAAG